UCACAACAACCGCCCGCCGCUCACCGUGACCGGCCGUUAGCUCGGUGACUGUCCGCCUGCCAGGAGGCCGGGACCGGGGAAGCUCUGAGAGAGACACCGGAGCCCGAACCCCGGAGGACCGGACAGCAAGGGCCCGGUACCGGAGCCGGGGCCCGGGGCCGGUAGAAUGAGCACCGGGGAACCUACAUGCUAACAGGCUAACCGUGUCCCGGUGCUGUCGGUAUGGAUCGGUUAACGGUCACCGCGCUCCAGUCCCGGUAAACCCAAACACAGCUAACAGCUAGCUGCUAGCCGCGGAGCUACCGGGCAGCUGCGGAACAUCUGGCCGCAGAUAGGAUGCUCUUAGAGCGGGCAGCUGCUCCGGAGGAUCGGCCUGAGGCUCCCCGCUGCUCCCGCCCCACAGCUCCCGCAGCAGCUCACGCACCGCCCCGCACAGCGUGCAUGUAAACCGGAGCACCGUGCGCGUGUCCCGCAGCCAUGCAGGCGACUCAGCUGCAGUACGAUUUCUUUACCGAGGAGAACGCGCCGAAAUGGAAGAACCUGCUGGUUCCUUCACUGGAGAAGGUACUGAAGCAGGUGCAUCCUAACCUGAUCUCCCAGCAGGAGGCGCUGCAGUACAUUGAAAACUUGAUCCUGCAGCUGAUCAGCAUGCUGUGUCAGGCUCAGCCACGCAGUGUGCAGGAUGUGGAGGAGCGCGUGCAGAAGAGUUUUCCUCACCCGAUCGAUAAGUGGGCGAUCGCUGACGCUCAGGCCGCCAUCGAGAGGAGGAAGAGGAGGAACCCGUUGGCUCUACCUGUCGACAAGAUCCACCCGCUGCUGAAGGAGGUGCUGGGCUAUAAGAUCGACCACCAGGUGUCAGUGUACAUGGUGGCAGUGCUGGAGUACAUCUCUGCUGACAUCCUGAAGCUCGCUGGGAACUACGUCAGGAACAUCCGACAUUACGAGAUCUCCCAGCAGGACAUCACUGUGGCCAUGUGUGCAGACAAGGUGCUGAUGGACAUGUUCCACCAGGACCAGGAUGAGGAUGACAUGGUGGGCUUCUUCUUCCCUCUGAUUGACGAGGAGCCGUCAGACAUCGAGGAGAUGAACUAUAACGAGCUGAUGAGAAGCUUCAUGUCUGAUCUACGACGGUACCUGAGACAGCUCAACCUCAUCAUCAAGGUGUUCAGAGAGCCCUUCACCUCCAGCCCCAUGCUCUUCUCUCAACACGACGUGGACAGUAUCUUCAGCCGGAUCGUUGAUAUCCACGAGGUGACGGUGAAGCUGAUCGGUCUGCUGGAGGACACGGUGGAGAUGACCGACGAGGACAACUCUCACCCUCUGGUGGCCAGCUGCUUCGAGGACCUGGCUGAGGAGUUGGCCUUUGACCCGUAUGAGACGUACACUCAGGAAAUCCUGCGCCCUGGUUUCCAUGAACACUUCCUGAGUCAGGUGUCCAAGCCAGGAGCUGCCUUCCACCUCCAGUCCAUCUGUGAAGGCUUUAAAGAGGCCAUCCAGUACGUCCUGCCCAGACUGCUGCUCACGCCUGUUUACCACUGUCUGUACAUGUUCGAGAUGCUCAAGCACCUGGAGGAGAAGAGCGAGUACGUGGAGGAUAAAGAAUGUAUGAAACAAGCCAUCACUGCUCUCCUCAACCUGCAGAGCAGCAUGGAGAGAACCUGCUCCAAGAGCCUGGCCAAGAGGAGGCUGAGCGAGUCGGCGUGCCGGUUCUACAGCCACCAGAUGAAGGGGAAGUACCUUUCCAUCAAGAAGAUGAACGAGAUCCAGAAGAACAUCGACGGCUGGGAGGGGAAGGACAUCGGCCAGUGCUGCAACCAGUUCAUCAUGGAGGGCACGCUGACCCGCCACGGCGCCAAGCACGAGCGCCACAUCUUCCUGUUCGACGGCCUCAUGAUCUGCUGCAAGACCAACCACGGCCCCCCGCGGCUGCCCGGCGCCGGGUCCGCCGCCGAGUACCGGCUCAAGGAGAAGUUCUUCAUGCGUAAAGUCCAGAUCAACGACAAGGACGACAAGGAGGGCGAGUACCGGCACGCCUUCGAGCUCAUCCUGAAGGACGGGAACAGCGUGGUGUUCCAGGCCAAGUCCGCCGAGGAGAAGAGCAGCUGGAUGGCGGCGCUGAUCUCGCUGCAGUACCGCAGCACGCUGGAGCGCAUGCUGGACUCGGCCAUGAUGCACGAGGAGAAGGAGGAACCCAUGGUCCUGCCCGACGAGGACGAGUACCGCUUCGCAGAACCCGACUCCGAGCAGAACGUCGUGUUCGAGGAGAACGUCCUCUCCAAGUCCGGGAUCCCCAUCAUCAAGGCGGGAACCGUCCUGAAGCUCAUCGAGAGGCUCACCUACCACAUGUACGCAGAUCCAAACUUCGUGCGGACCUUCCUGACGACGUACCGGUCGUUCUGUAAACCGAAGGAGCUGCUGGACCUGCUCAUCGAGAGGUUCGACAUCCCGGAGCCGCGAGUCUUUGAGCCGGACCCGAUGGAGGGAGCCGAGCAGCCCAUCGGCCCCGAGCUCAAACGCUUCAGGAAGGAGUUCGUUCAGCCGGUGCAGCUCAGAGUGCUGAACGUGUGUCGCCACUGGGUGGAGCAUCACUUCUACGACUUCGAGAGAGACUUUAUGAUGCUGGAACGCUUGGAGGAGUUCAUCUCUUCAGUCAGAGGUAAGGCCAUGAAGAAGUGGGUGGAGUCCAUCACUAAGAUCAUCUUCCGGAAGAAGAACCCGCUGCCGGUGAACAACCCGGCCGUCAGCAUCACCUUCCAGAACUCCCCCCCGCCCUUCGAGUGGCACCUCAGCAAACCCGGGAACCAGGAGCCCUUCAACCUCCUCACGCUGCACCCCAUCGAGAUCGCCCGGCAGCUCACCCUCAUCGAGUCCGAGUACUACAGGGCGGUGCAGCCGUCGGAGCUGGUCGGCAGCGUCUGGACCAAAGAGGACAAAGAGCUUCACUCCCCGAACCUGCUGAAGAUGAUCCGCCACACCACCAACCUGACGCUGUGGUUCGAGAAGUGUAUCGUAGAGAUGGAUAAUCUGGAGGAGCGGGUAGCGGUCGUGUCCCGGAUCAUCGAGAUCCUGCAGGUCUUUCAGGAACUCAACAACUUCAACGGAGUCCUGGAAGUCGUCAGCGCCAUGAACUCCUCGCCGGUCUACAGACUGGACCACACCUUCGAGCAAAUCACGAGUCGGCAGAAGAAGAUCAUGGAGGAAGCGUUCGAGCUGAGUGAAGAUCACUACAAGAAGUACCUGGCCAAGCUGCGCUCCAUCAACCCCCCCUGUGUUCCUUUCUUUGGAAUCUACCUGACCAACAUCCUGAAGACGGAGGAGGGGAACCCUGACGUUCUGCAGCGACACGGUAAAGAACUGAUCAACUUCAGCAAGAGGAGGAAGGUGGCUGAGAUCACGGGAGAGAUCCAACAGUACCAGAACCAACCGUACUGCCUGAGGGUGGAGAGCGAGAUGAGGAAGUUCUUCGAGACCCUGAACCCGAUGGGAGACAUGUCGGAGAAAGACUUCGCAGAUCAUCUGUUCAACAAAUCUCUGGUGAUCGAGCCGCGGAACGCCCGCUCCAUACCUCGCUUCCCGAAGAGGGUGAGCUAUACUCUGAAGUCUCCGGGGAUCCGUCCGAGGUCCAUGCGCCACCCGACGCCGCUGCAGAGCGAGCCGAGGAAGAUCAGCUACAGCCGGACCCUGGACAGCGAGUCUGAGGGGGGGGGCGUGUCUGCCCCCAACUCCCCCCGCACGCCGCUGACCCCGCCCCCCGCCUCCGCCACCUCCAGCUCCACGGACGUAGGCAGCGUGUUCGACUCGCCACAGGGACCCAGCAGCCCGUUCCACUCCAAGCUGACAACAAGCCCCGCCCACUCACACCGCACACCAAUCACAGGCAGAGCUGACAACAAGCCCCGCCCACUCACACUGCACACCAAUCACAGGCAGAUGAUGUCAAAGUUGGACAGCCCCCCCGCCGUCCCCCCUCGUCAGCCCACCUGUAAGCUCCUCCCUCCUCGUUACUCUUCGUCGGUGUCUUCGUCCCCCCCCGACAGCCCCCCCUCGCUGCCUCCUCGUGAGCCCCUCAGCUCUCCUCUGCACCUCCUGCCCCCCCCUCAGGGCCGCCCCCGCUGUGACCUGCUGCCUCAGGCCUUCUUCCCCUCCUCCUCCUCUAUAAGCCCCGCCCCCAACACCUCCUCCUCGUCCCCCCCUCCUCUUCCUCCCCCCGCCCCCGUCACCCCCACCCCCACCCCCGCCUCCAGGAAGAUGCCCCUCCCGUCCCCGCCCCUCCCCCAGCUCCCUCUGGACGGCCCCCCCGUCCCGCCUCGUCACGGAGUCCCCAAACUUCCCCCCAAGACCUACAAGAGGGAGUCUCUGAGCCACGCCCCCCUGCUGGACACGCCCCCCGCACUGUGAGCAGCUGAUUGGACAGCCGUAGCGGGAGGCGGGGCUAGACGAGCUAACACUACAGCGGAUUGGAUCAGAACCAACAGAACAUCUGAUGGACCAAUCGGGACGCUCUGAUCCAAUCAGGACUGAACGUAUCCAAACUUCACGUGCCCUUAAAAAACAAACUGUGGCCUCCAGCAGAACGUCGGAGAACGUCUGCGUUUGGGUCUCAGACUCUGAGGUACCGAGCAGAACCAAAGAGGUACUUCGCUGAGACGGACUGAUUCUGGCAGACCUGAUGCUGGUUCUCUGAUGGUUCCUGUUAGAACAUGUAAAGAACAUGUUGCCUUCUGUAAAACAAGGGAAUAAACGUGUUUCUACCAGAA